CAGCUACUGUGCGCGCCGUGGACCUUGCGCUGACCAGUGGCGGUAUGUCCGCCAGUGGUGGGAAGGCUGGAGGUCCGACGGCGGGUUACAACAAUGCAGCAAGCGGGGGCUCAUCUUCGGCGACAGCCUCGACCGGGGCUGGGACCACAACCGGUACUAGUGCCAACGGGCAGCAAGCAGACAGCAGCAGCAGUGGGUCCACCUCGAGCCACGACGCGUCUUCGUUGCAGAACGCCUCCGGGUGCGAGUGUCUCGUCAUUCUGCGCGAGGACCUGUGGG